GUCAGAAGGUGGCGCUUCAGUUUGACGCGCACACACAUUGAGUGAAGGGCGAAGCGACGAAGAAGAGACUGUGUCGCAGACGCACGGAUCGUUCAUCUAAUCCACGGUCUCUCUUUGAUUAUUUGCUCACUUCCAAAAAUGGUUCGACCACAUUUUGGACCACCACGCCUGAAGCCAAGCAGACCAUACGGAGAUGGUCAUGGCAUUGGAACCAGUGAAGGGAAUUACAACCCUAACUCCAAAAGUCGGAGAGAUGUCCAGCCCUACCAGGCUAAGGCCCCUUUUCACUGGAAAGAUUCCAGAGGUAGAGGACGACCCCCCGUUGUCAGAAGAGUCCCCCUGAUGGGAGAGCAAAGGGAGCCACGUUUCAACAACUGGAGGUCCCAAAAUCAGGAUUCGUUUCAAUCAUACCCUCCCAAAAUGGAUCAACAACAUGGCCAGAGAAGGCCUUCUCCAUCAAGGCCAAACCGCUCCCCCCAAGCCCAGCAUCAGACAUCCUCUCGCAAUCCUUCUCAGGGAUCCCCGAGUCAAAGGGGUCCACCUUUUCAUGGCCACCCCUCAGGUCACAGGUCACCCUCCCCGAGACAUUUUCGCAACCACCCAGCUGACAGGAGGCCUGGCUCUGCGUUUGCCCACCAGGGGUCAUUCAGGGGCCACAGAAGGCAGGCAGGUUUUCAGCAUCAAGAGCAGCGGAAUCGAGACCCUCGUGGGAAUUUCAAUCCCAGAGAAAGGCCCCAUGAGCACUCGGGUCCUGGCAUGAAGCGCUGGAACGAGCCAGGAGCUUUUUCUCAUCCACACAAUGGAGAGCACGGGCCCUCUGGGUCACAGAGGAACCCCAGAGAGAUGCAUGGGAGAGGCCCAUGUCCAGAGAGGUGGUCAUCAGAGCAAGACUCCAGGCGACAGCGCGGUCCAGUGGAGAGGCAGGGCAGCAGAUCCCACAGUAGAGAGCGGGCACAGGAGGCCCCUCAUCCGCCCCCUUUCAGAUCCCCUUCAUGGAAAGGAGGUCCAUCACCGUCAUCCUCCUACCACAGGAACCCUCAGGAGAGGCAAGUGGCAGGACCCCGCAAGAGGGGGAUAGAAGACAUCAGCAUGCCCUCCGAAGACCCUGCACUGGAGCAUGGCCAUCCCAAACACCCAAGGAGAGAGAGGCCUCAGCUGCUGAGUAUUCCCAGGCCCUUUGGUGGUAGACCUCUGUCACUUAGGGAUAGAAGUUUCCUGGUUAAGAGCAGACAAGUCAAAGCAGAGUCUCUCAUGAGGCUCAGAAUCCCCCCAUCUGUGAAACCAAGGCCUCGCCUAGGCGAUUCUUCCUCACAGGAAAACUUCAGCUCUGUUCUUGCUAUCAGAAAAAAGCGUUUCCAGUCAAAUGAAACACUGGAACAAAGGAGGGGGAAACCAGUACAGUCACCCCCCAGAGAAGAAAGCGAUACCAGCAAGUCUUCAAGAGACUCUGAUACAGAAAAAGAACAGGUGGAGUCACGCCGGCCCUUGAACACACACAGAUCUUCUCCCAUAGAGAAACGUGACCUUGUUGUUCUGUCCCACUGGGACUCCUCCUCUAAGGACGGCUCGCCAACGAAAGAUCGCAGCCCAAAGAAAGAGCGCAGUCCAGAUCAAGACGCCUCACCGAACAGCCGAGCCUCAAAGUCGAAUGAUUCCAGAUCAUCGCCUGAAGACCGAAAACGAGGCUUUGUGGAUAAGAGACCGUUCAGGCCAUUUCAUAUGAUGCACGACAGCCACAGAUCUGGGAGGCCCUUCAGGAGACCAGGACCCGGACCAAGACAAGGACCCGGACAAAGGCCAGGACCCGGACCAAGACAAGGACCCGGACCAAGACAAGGACCCGGACCUGGACCUAUGCAGAGACCAAGGUUCACUGGUGGUCGAGGGAGGGGGGGCCCUGAAAUGUCUGGACAUUUUAGAAGACCGCUCAUGGAGAGCUUAGUGACACGUCCCUUCCCCAAUCAGAGGCCAGUGUUCAGAAAAAGUUACAACAUCAUGUCCAAAUACCGCACCAUGAGAGUGAUGCGUCAGCGAGCACCGUACAACCGGGGGCCCAACCAGCGCUGGUGACAACCUGUGCACAGGUCCCACAGUCUUCAGACAUGAGAGCAGAAACAUCUGGAGACCUUCUCCGCUGGUUGGGCAGCACAAACCUUCCCGACUACGAUCCCAACCUGCCUGUAUAUUGUGGAAGAGAUGUUACUUCCGGAUGUUCACUGGUAUAAGGGUUUCAGUGGCAUCUUUACGGUACUUUUAGUUUUAGGGUAUUUGUAACAUAUGCCAAUAUAUUAAACAGUCCUGCUUUUUCUAGUCGUGUAUAAUUAUUUGGGAGUUGCUGCUUGUGAUCGUGGCAGUCAUCCUUUUUAUUAGAAUCGUUUUUUGUUUUGUUUACCAGAAGCAGAAUUCGAUUUCAGGUUUGUGAAGUCCAUUAAAUAUUGACUUUAAAAUGUCACCUACUGUUUGUAAAGAUGUAUCACAUGAAAUGUCCCGUUUGAUUAAUCAUGGGUGUUUGGAUUAGAAAACAGCAGCCUGUCAAAGGGCAUUCAGCUACUACAUGUAAAGCUUGUAUAAUCACAUGUUUGAGAUUUGAAAUAAAGUCCAAUUUACCAAU